AUGGGCAAGCAACCGAAUCUCUACUCGUUCUCGAGCUCCGACGCGCUCGCUAAGAACCUCCGUUCCUACGUGAUUAGCUCUCAAAAUGACGGUUUAAAUCGUCACGAUGCCUUCAAGAUUGCCGUUUCUGGCGGCUCUCUACCUGCCGUUCUCGCCAAAGCUCUCCUCACUCCGGGUAACGGCACCCCUGAAGAUACUGUUCGCUUUGACAAGUGGGAAGUCUUCUUCGCGGAUGAACGCGCCGUACCAUUGGAUCAUGCCGACAGCAACUACAAGCUCCUCAAGUCGGAGCUUCUUGACAAGAUUCCGGCCGAACUGGGCCAGCCCAUUGUGCACCCUAUCGACGUCACGUACCUGGACGAUGUUCAAGAGCUCGCGGAUCAGUAUGAACAGGAACUGGUCAAAUCUUUUGCUGCCAAAGACAGCGUCAAACUCCCCAUCUUCGACCUUCUCUUGCUCGGCUGUGGCCCCGACGGCCACACUUGCAGUCUCUUCCCAAAUCAUUCGCUCCUGCGCGAAUCGGACGCUUGGGUUGCUCCCAUUAGCGACUCGCCCAAGCCCCCGGCGAAGCGAAUUACCCUGACUCUUCCUUUAGUGACUCAUGGCUUGAAGAUCGCCUUUGUCGCUACCGGCGAAGGAAAGAAGGAUGUGAUGAAGAAGAUCUUUGACACGGAAGAAGGCCAGGGUCUUCCAUGUGGCUUGGUGAACGAAGGGGGUGCCGAGAAGGUGAGCUGGUUCACCGAUGUUAGUGCGACCCAAGGAGUCGGCUUCCCCAAGAGAGGUAGCCUUUAA